GUUCAAUUGCCUUGGCCCCACUCCGCCACCGUUGUUCACGUCCUCUACAUUUAUUGCACUGAGGACUUAACCUUGUCUACUAUCUUGUCGUGAGCAGGCGCCCCCUAGUGUGGCCUUCUGGAAUAGCGGCAAGUGCGACGUAUUCGGGCGAACGCAGCGAACAGACAGGCUCUUCUUGGAUAUCCAUGGCCACUGCGGUCCUCCUCUCCCAACAUUCUUCGAAUCCCCUCGAAGUCCCCUCCUCGGAUGCUCGUAACAGAGCAUACCAACGCCAGUUCCUGCGGGUGCAAAAAGCCAAUGGACAUUCUGCUUCUUCGGAUGAUCCACCCGUCGGCUACCGCACGCCUGAACUGGAGAGUUACCACUCGCAUCUGGCUCAGCUGUACCCCAACUCGGGCCUAUCUUUCAUGAAAACAAGAGCCGAGGCCACACCCAAGCCGCAGCCCGCCCCUAUGGAGGACGAGGACAACCUCAUGUCUAGCGACGAUGAGUUGUACGUUACACCAGAGGACGCCAUGCUGGAGGUCGUGGAUGACGAGGAUGAUGAUGAUGAUGAUGAUGCUCUACCGACGCACGAUUUGAACGUGCAUCCACAAACGGACGAGGAGAUGACUAUAUGCUUGAAAUCACGCGAAGAACAGGAUGAGAUCGAGACUGAAAUCGCGGAACUCGAAGCUGUCGUCCCACAACUCACCCCGGACUACAAGAUCAUUGACCGUCUCGGCACCGGGACCUUCUCUUCAGUCUACAAGGCUAUUGACCUCGGCUACCAUAGCAAGUGGGACAACACUCCAUGGCACGGCCACCAUCCGCCGUCAUCAUCCGCUUAUUACCAAUCCGUACCUCAUCCUCGAGACAGCAAAUUCUUUGUCGCGGUCAAGAGGAUAUAUGUGACGAGUGGACCCGAGCGAAUACGAAACGAGAUCUCUAUAAUGGAAGACUGCAGAGGUUGCCGCCAUAUCUCGCAGCUGAUCACAGCGUUCCGGCAUUGUGACCAGGUGGUCGCCAUUAUGCCCUAUCAUCGCAACCAGGACUUCCGAGAUUACUACCGGACUUUGCCAAUGGAAGGUAUUAAAGCAUAUUUCCGCUGUAUGUUCCGAGCAUUGCGCGAUAUUCACGCGCGGGGUAUCAUCCAUCGUGACGUGAAACCUGCCAAUUUCUUGUUCGAUUCUCGAACGGGAAUAGGCACACUCUGUGACUUCGGACUCGCGUGCCGCAUGGAACGGGGACCCACACUCGGUGCCUGCUUACAUACUGCGCCCUCGCGGGAAUUCCCUCAUGGUCGAAUAAGAGACCGGGAGGAAUUUGACCUCGAGCACAUCAAGCAGUUACAGAAGGAUUCUCGAAUGAGGAGUCUAUUACCUCCGGAGAAAGUUGGCUAUCCUGAGAAGGAUAACAGGCCAACCUGUCUCGAAAGCAAAUCGUGCAGACAGGUGGUGAGUUGCUAUCCCGAGAGAAACGACAUCCGCGAACCAGUAGCACUCACGUUGUGUUUCAUCACUAUAGCAAUAGAUGUCUGGUCCGCAGGCAUGAUCCUCCUCUUCUUCCUGACGGGGAAGUUCCCGUUGUUCCACUCGAGUGACGACGUCGAGGCGCUGAUGGAGAUUGCCUCCGUCGUUGGGAGGAGGAGAAUGGAGAAGGCUGCUACCCUCCACAGCCGCAUGUUCCAGACCAACGUGCCCACGCUCACCACAGAGGGAAUAACCUGGCGCGAGUUCGUAGAACGCCUAAAUCCUCACCUUCGGGAGCCGCCAGACCCGGAUCCGCGAUUCUACCCUUACGCUGACGCUGCGCGUCCACACGCCGGCCCUCCCUCUUCGUCAUCGUCAUCGCGUUAUUCGCCGGCGCGAUCGCCCUCCCCUUUGCUUGCGGCACCUGAUCCUGAGGCCUACACCACGGACAUCGAGAACGCCGUCGACUUCCUCGAGCAGGUUAUGCAUCCCGAGGCCCCACGACGCAUUACUCCGCGUCGGGCCCUCGCGCACCCCUUUCUACGCGAGCCAGAUACCCCGGACGACGACGAGUUCUUCCCACAUCCGUUCGGCGAUGGGGUUUGCGGUCAUCUGCACUUCGUGGACGAUGUCACAGAUGACCUGUGCGUGCGUGUACGCGUGCCUGGAGAAGAAGAGAUGCAGGUAAUUCGCCUCGCGUCUGGAGAGGGCAUAGCCAUUGGGAGCCAGCCAUGCAGGGGAUCGAACAGCCCAUGCAUCUUCAAUGAUGUACCAACGAAUGGAACGAGAAUUUCCGCAGCGAGCGUCCCUCUUUCGUCCUAUCUGAAGUCGAUCAGCUACAGGAGAGGCCUGUGUUAUCUUAUCUCCCGGUCUGCUCCACAAAUGCAUCUUUCUGCCAUAGACAUCGGAGCUAGCACUCUCUUGGCUCGGUUACGAGCUACAGUGGCUAGCAUCAAGCCCUCCCACUGCCUCUGUCCUGGUAUGAGAAAAAGUGGCUUCUAG